UAAUGAUAUUACUUGGUAGUAUUUGAAACAAUUAAAGCACAAGUCUGUCCUGCAGUUACAGUUUCCAGGAUACAGUGGACUCACUGGGGGCUGAGGUGAGCACUGCAGCAACACUGCUGAGUGUGCUUUAAACUAACUUGAUAGAUUAGUAGUGCGUGAUGUUUUGGGGUUCUUAAUAAAUUUUAGUUGUAGGGAAUGUGUACAAAGGUUCUUGUCAAGGGGAUGUCAGUUUGGCUCUAGGAGGCAAAUUUUCUGGUAGUUUCUGUUCCAAGCACGACCUACUUAGUAGCUGUCCCUGUUGCUCAGUGAUUGACCUCAUCAGCAGCGAGAAGUUGAAGGCAGAGGGAACAGAGAGCAAACAAGUGAUCCAAAAGUUAUGGGAAGCAGAGAAAUCGCAAAACCACAGGGAAAGUUAAGAUGAAUUAUGUCAAAACAUAAUUGUCUUGAGAGCCAAUCAAGUGAUUAGUAAAGCACACUUCGUUUUUAAAAAGAAGCUUCCACAAACCAUUAGAAGAGUCUGCAUAUAUCUAUUCAAAAUUUUCUCAGACGUUAUUAAUAAUGAGUUACAUUUUGAACUUGUAGGAGGUUUUUAUGCGUGAGCAUUUGCACUAAAAUAAAUCUAUUUUAUUAUUCCAAAUACCUUCCGGCGUAUCUGAGUGGUCAUGGACAUGUGACAUUCUGGUGUGGAUCUGGCAUCUGGCUCCCCCUUCUAUAGCGAUUUUCCUGUACUCUUCACCAAUUGGCUAUGAACUGAAUAUUCUGAAACCAGAAGCUGUACUAAACAUCUUUAAUCUAAAAAAUUAUGACAUCAACAUCCAAAGGAAUCCUCCGGCCAUUUUUAAUCAUCUGCAUUAUCCUGGGCUGCUUCAUGGCAUGUCUGCUUAUUUACAUCAAGCCCACCACUAGCUGGAUCUUGAGUCCAAUGGAAUCUGCCAGCUCAGUGCUGAAAAUGAAAAAUUUCUUCUCCUCCAAAACUGAUUAUUUUAAUGAAACUACUAUUCUGGUGUGGGUAUGGCCAUUCGGGCAGACCUUUGACCUUACAUCCUGCCAAGCAAUGUUCAACAUCCAAGGAUGCCAUCUCACAACAGACCGUUCACUAUACAAUAAGUCCCACGCAGUCUUGAUACACCACCGAGACAUCAGCUGGGAUCUGACUAAUUUGCCCCAGCAAGCUAGGCCACCUUUCCAGAAAUGGAUUUGGAUGAAUCUGGAGUCACCAACUCAUACUCCCCAGAAGAGUGGCAUUGAGCACCUGUUCAAUCUGACUCUAACCUACCGCCGUGACUCAGAUAUCCAAGUGCCUUAUGGCUUCUUGACAGUAAGCACAAACCCAUUCGUGUUUGAAGUGCCAAGUAAAGAGAAGCUGGUGUGCUGGGUUGUAAGUAACUGGAACCCUGAGCAUGCCAGGGUCAAGUAUUACAAUGAGCUAAGCAAAAGUAUUGAAAUCCACACUUAUGGUCAAGCAUUUGGAGAAUACGUGAAUGAUAAGAACUUGAUUCCUACCAUAUCUGCUUGUAAAUUUUAUCUCUCUUUUGAAAACUCAAUUCACAAAGAUUACAUAACAGAAAAGCUCUAUAAUGCUUUCUUGGCUGGAUCUGUACCUGUUGUUCUGGGACCAUCCAGGGAAAACUAUGAAAAUUAUAUUCCGGCAGACUCUUUCAUUCAUGUAGAAGACUAUAACUCUCCCAGUGAGCUAGCAAAGUACUUAAAGGAAGUCGACAAAAACAAUAAGUUAUAUCUUAGCUACUUUAAUUGGAGGAAAGAUUUCACUGUAAAUCUUCCACGAUUUUGGGAAUCACAUGCAUGUUUGGCUUGUGAUCAUGUAAAAAGGCAUCAAGAAUAUAAGUCUGUUGGUAAUUUAGAGAAAUGGUUUUGGAAUUAACUUUUUCCAUCAUUUGCACAUUUAGCAAAAUAUUUUGAUGAACUGUCAUCUAAAUAUUGAGGAUAAGAAGAGAAACAAUGUUCUGAUUUUGUGUCACAGUUUAUUUUUAUUAUCCUCUCAUGGGUAAUGUGAAUACUUUGCUGGAGAUAGAGAUUUUUUAAGAACUCACAAUUAUCAACCAUUCCAUUUGGUUUUAAAUUAUCCUGUAUAUACCUAACUAUGUGCAUUGAAAAAUAAUUUAUUCCUCAUUAUCAUUUAUAAACGUUCUUGUUCACAUUUUUGUAGCUGUCUGUAAGUUGAGGAUUCUGUUGUUGUUUCUACACUGAUCAACUGUUCAGGCUAUCUGGUAAAUGAAAAUGUACGAUUCCCAUUUUAAAGUAUGAAAGAUCUUUACUAAAUAUUAUAAUCUAUAAUUCCAAAUUUGCACAGUUAGAAAAGAAAAAUGCACCGUAACUGCAUUCUAAGCUAUAUUACUUCAGAAUUGAACACUGUAUAAUUAUUUGAUCUAUUUUGUACCUGUUUACCACUUUGGUGAGUGUAAAGUUAUUCAUGCAUUAAGUACGAUAUGAAGGAGAACUGUUCUAUUCAGGAAGUUAUUAUGUUUCACAUUUAUUUUCAUUAAGCUGACUCGCAAAAGCAGCCAAUUAUUCUUAUGGUCUUAAAGUACUCGAGAAUUCUUACAUAUCCAAUUUGUUAUCAUUUUCAGUACCUGAGAAAUAGUACCAAUAACCCUUAAACAAAUGUAAGAUAAUUCUCAAUAUUAAUGCUAUUUGUUGUGAUAACAAAUGAUUUCUUCAAAUGCCAAUGAAAAGGAUACCUAAAGGUACAAAUUAUAUUUAUAAAUGUUACUAUUUGAAAUAUAAUUCCUAAUUAUUUAUAAAUUUAAGAUAUUUUUGAGGCCCUAAUAUUUCCAGCAGUUUUAUUUGUCCAUAUAAGCAAAUAGAUGCUCAUAACAUUUGAAAAUGCAUCCUAUCAUUUAAAAGUAAAUAAAUAAAAUUGUCAAUGACAGGUUAAAUGUCAUAAAGCAGUGAUCUACAAGAAACACAGGGGCCAGGGAUUUAGCUCAGCAGCAUAAGCGCCUGCCUGGCAAGCGUGAAGUCGAGAGUUCAAUCCCAGGUACAAAAAACCCACAAUGCUAGGAUUCAGUGAAUCAUUUUGUAAUGAAUCAAUGAAUGGUAUUGAAAAUCACAGGAAGGGACAGUUGUAACUGAGAGAUACUGAUUGAACAUGAUAUUUUGUAUUACAUCCUAGUAAUUAUCCAUACAUAACACAUUUGACUUGGGUCUUCAGAGCUUUACUGAACCAACAUAAGCCAGCACUGCAUGAAAUUUUUGAAGAAUAUAUUCCUAAAUUUUCAUAUACCUAUAGAAUUCUUCUAUCAUAGGCUAGAGAGGGGGAAAUAUGAACAUAAACAAAAACAGUGAGAAAAGCUAAAGAUUUUCAAGGAAAGCAUCUUCCGAAUCACUAAUGCCUUUCUUUCACUCUUGCAAAACCCAUCAAAUUUAUUAGAAUGUUCUAAGGGCAUUCCCUUGUCUCUUUUGUAUUUAUUUUAAUAACCAAAGAAUAAUUUGUCUUCAUGGAUGUCCUCAUAGAUAAAGAUCUCACAUUUAUUUUAUUGUUAUAACAGUCAGACUCAUAAUUUACACUUAUCAUUUUUUUAAUCUAAAAGUUGGGAUCUUAAGAACAUGCAUUGCCAAUAAAUUUAGAAUGUACUUCCUUUUUUGUGAAAGCUGAAAAGCAUUUUGCCUUGCUUUUACUAAAGUGAACAAUGAUUAUUUCAAAUUACUGCAAAACAUGAGAGAAAUUCCCUCUUUGAUGACUAUGAAUUAAAUCUCUUUUUUGGAUUGUAACUAUAAUUCCGUGCUGAUAAUAUGACCCAAGUCAAAAGUGUAAGGAUUUAGCUGGUGUUGAAACCCAUUAGCUAUCCAAGACUAAUAAAUUUUCAAAUUGCACAGUCAAACCAAUGUGUCAACUGAACCCUUCAGUUGUAGCUCUAUUGAUCUUGAGUUUUAAGGAUAGAAGGAAUUAUAGCAAGUUAAUUCAGUCUUUUCCAUUGAAUUAACUGGGUUCAGAGAUGAUACGUAUUAAAGUAUACCUUCACACAUAUACACACAGAGACAUCUGACCGAGUGACAGUAGUUAAAAGAAUGUGGGAUCCUCUCUUUCCAUCGUUCCCACCUCAUCAUAGAAGGAUUGCUGAAUUCCUAUAAGUGUAAUUUUGUCUGGGACUAAAUUGUGAAACUAAAAAGAAAAUAUACCACUUAAAAUAUUUGUUUCAAAAUACCAAAAAGUAUUGUGAUCUGAAUAAAUACUAAUUAUGAUAGACCUUAAUAGAAAUAAAUACUAUUAUAGGCCUUACUAAUAAGAAUAAAUACAGAAUUAUCACUAUCUGUCAGUAUUACUCUUUGGAAAAGACAGACUGUAGCAGCCACAUAUUUUAUGAAAGUCAUAAAUCUGACAAAGUGAAGUAAAAACUUUAAAAAUUAUCUUGGUCACAACUAAUAUCAACUUAAAAUUUUCAUGUUUACUAUAAAACUCCUGACAACCAAGUAAGUUUUAAAAAAUCACAGAGUGUUUGUAAUGUAAACUGACAAAAUAUUUUGGAAUUAUUUGCUAAAGCUUCAACUUCGUAUCUCCAACUGAAGGUAAAAUAUGAAAAAAAUAGGAACUGUGUAUUGCUAUUUUUUCCAGCUUUCAAAUUGAUUUUCAUAAGUCUUGGGAUAAUCACCUAGACAUUGUUUUUGUAUAAAAUAAUAUUUCUUUAAAAAUCUGUAGAUCCUGUGUUUGAUCAUAUAUUUGAUUUCUUUGAAUGCUUAGUUUCAUUUUGGAGAGCUUCUUAAAUUAUAAUGAAGUUGUUAAAUAUAGCAGAUUUCAGAAUCUACAGGAUAAGCACAGUGUCUUAAUGCAGGAGAGGAUCUCAGAAAUACUUGAAUAAACAAGCUAACAUUGCUGGUUGGCAUGUAAAAUAUUAUUAAAGUAGUGACCAUAUCAGCUCCUUGGUACUAAUUGGAGUGAUAGUCUACAUUUAUUUUAUUGAUCAGUUACUGCCUGGCAGAUGAGUCAUUAUAGCCUCUUUUUCUUUCCUACUCCAUUCUAAGACCUCCUGAAGAGAAAUAACACUUCGAGAAAUGCUGAAUAAGAUUUAAAACUUGUUAAUGUUAUAUUUAAACAUCAAUAACACACAGCUUGUAGUAGAAAUGAAAAGUAGUAUUUAAGAAGAGUAUAAGCAGCAAGCACUAUGAAUGGCAGAUAGUUGUUACCAAUCUAUGAAGACAGAAAUAUAGUUUAAUCCCCUGUAAUUUCCUAACUUUAUGUUACUGUUUUGCAGCAAUGAAGAUGUUUUUGUAUUCGGGAUGUUUGUCAUACAAACAUUUCUUUUGGAAUUUUGAAAAUGGAUAAACUCCACUGCUACCAAAUUGUCUUUUCUCUCAAUAAUCUAUAUUGUAUAAUCCAUACUCAUAAAUAUUUUACAAAAGUGCAACCUAACUGAGAGACAUAACCUAGAAGUAUAAAGAAUGCUAGUCUAAGUUGUUAGUUCAACAAACUGUAAUUGUGGAAAAGCCACUUAACCUCGCUGGACCUUUUUGAAGGAAGGUUCCUUCUAGCACUACUGAUCUUUAGUUAAUACAUAGAGGCACUGGAAAUGAAAUUUCAAAGACCAUCUCAGAAUAAUUUUUGGCAGUAAAUAUUCCAAAGAAAUUUUCCUUUUAUUUUUCUAUAUAUACAUUUAAAGUAUAAAACUGAUUAUUUAAACUAAUAUAUGAAAUAAUAUAAUUUAUUCUUUAUUGGAGUUUAAAUCAUAGCAAGUGCUCAAUUAACUAAACUUUCUCCUUUUACUUCUCCUCCCUUAGCUGUCUACUGAUAUCUUUUAUAACUCAUUACUCACUGAGAAUUUAAUUGAUUAUAGAAAACAACCAUAAAUUGGGCAUUAUUUUAAAAUAUUUUAGAUUUUUCUGUAUAUUUAAAUUCUUAUUACAGUAAUCUAAAAACGCUGAUUCAGAAAUUUGGUAGAAACAUUUGAAGCAAUUUUCAGUGACAAUGAUACAGCAGUUUGAGUAAUAUGUGUAAGCUGAUUUUGCAUCCAGAAGUUUAUUUAUUUUUUGACUCAUGACAAAUACAUGUGGAUACAUUUCAUUUACAGUGAAAAUAUUUUGCUUUUUAAAAGUCUUCCUAAUGUCAGUCUUCCUUCGUCUGUGUUACUGAAACAAUGGUUUCUGCUUCAGUAGACCUAGAAUCAAUAGACAUUGCUAACAGUACUGGUUCUUGAGUUAGUUCCAUGCCACAGCAAUCUCUUCUUACAAGUUUUUUUUUAAUAUUUAAUCUAUUUAAUAAGAUAUACUACUAUAUUAGAAAAACUAUCAUAUCAUAGGCCAGUAGUUUUCAAAUGCACACAUUUCUUAGAGACUUUCUAGAUUAUCUGAUUAAGAAUCUCUUGAAAGAUUGUCAAAAAUAUAUGCUUCUGAUUCUCUGGUCUGAGAUAGGGUUAAAAGUUUGUACUUAAAAACUGACCCCACAUGGUUCUGAUGUCCGCAUCCUACCUGCUAAAUAGAGAGUGUCUAUACUCAGGUUUAAGGCAUUGCAUUUCUUUAGAUCACCUGGAACCUUUCUAAAUACAUCCGUAAUUUCUCUUCUUCCAAAACCAAUGCAUCCUUUAUUGCUAGUUAUUUUAUGCCUGGUACUGGACUCCUCAGUGAAUGUUGUGAUUUGAAGCACGUUACUCAGUUUCCAGGCAUCCUUGCACAUUACGUGUGGUUGGGAGCAGUAGUUCUCAGGUAUGAAUGCACAAUAGAGUCAUGCAAAGAGGGUGGUUUGUUUCUUUUUAACUAUGAAUGUCUAAGACCUAUCUUAGGAAUCAAAUUCAAUUGGUUUAAGAUAGAGCACAGAGGUGCAGUUUUAGUCUCCAUAAGUAAUUCUGAUGUAGCAUCCUCUCUGGAAACCACCAGUCUACACAUGGUGGGGUGCUUAACCUCGGGGAAGUGUUAGAAAAAGUUAUACAAGUUGAAAACAUAUCUCUUGAUCUCUUCUUUAGGUUUCUAACUGCAUGUUUAUGUUUUUCAGUGUAAAAUUGGACUAGACAAUUAUUAGAAUCCUUUACAAGCAUAAAAUUUUAUGCUUCUAUAAUCUGCUAAUCUUUUGCACAUGUUGAAGAGCCUGCUUUACAGAGUUCCAGAGUCCAUGAGUGCAAAAAUAGAAAGAUAAUUUUCAGUUACGAUGUGAAAUAUACGAGUUAUAGCAUCUACCUGUUAACACAGAUGUAUAAUUGGAUCCAAGUUUGCCUGGCUAGUUGUGUCCAAGUCACUUGACUUCUCUUAGCCUCAGAGCCUGCAUACUCUUGAGGUGACAUACCCUUGAUGUGUGGUCUAUAAGAACAAAAUGAAAUUGUCUUCAAAGAGGUUAAAUCAGUAUUUGUUACCUUUUUGGUGGGAUGUUUGAAACUAUACCCCAGCUCUGAACAUUCUGGCAAAUGCUCUACCACUGAACUAUAUCCCCUACCCCCUUUUCUUUUAUCGUUGCAAAAGAUAAUUGAAAAUUCCAGAUAUAGAUCCUCAGUUUCAUGUUUAAACUCUGAAGAUGUUAAGCAGGUAACCAGGUAGAUCUCUAAAACUUUAAACAAGCCUAAGGAAUAGUUUUCAGGAGAUGGGAAACAAAUAAAUUAGUGUGAAAACAUUUAUUCAUGUAUGUAAUUGUUAAGUCACUGAGAGAGUGUGGGCACCAGGCAGCGGCAGUGAAUAGGCAUUGUGUGCAUUACAAAACACAUAGGCUGUUUAUUCAAAUAAUUGGAAAUCAAACAAACCUAAUUUUCUCUCACUGUUAUGAACAAUCAGUAGAGUAAUAGUCAAUUUAGUUCAUAACAGUUGACAUAGCCUAAGUUCCAGAAGGAAACAUCAGCAAGAUUCUCAGAGAUUAUUUUAUGGCAAGGAAAUAAGACUUAGAAAUAUCCAAUGACUUAAUUUUAUCCUUCACUUUAAAGCUUUAAUAGUUUAGCAACAGAACUAGUCAAUGACAGUUGGAAAAGAAAGUCAAAUCUCCAUCUACUUUUCAAGUGAAAAAACAAAAAAAAUCAUAAAAUGUUAUUUUUAAAGUGCUAGGAUAUAAAUUCAGUCAACAAAAAUGUAUUUGUUUAAUGAUCAAAACUAAAAUGAUUGUUAGCCAGACCGUGAUUAAGACUCUCCUAAUUGCUAAUUGCCUAAUAAAUAGAGUUAUGACAUGAGCAAUCUGAACUGCUCAUUAGCAUAGUUUUUAAGCUAUAUUUGGCUAAAACAAAAAAAUAAAGUAGACUUAAAGAAAAAUUUUAUUUUAAUGUGUGAAAGAAUGAAUGAUAUUCAAAAUAGUAUUUUAAAAGUAUUUUCUCAUUGUAUUUCUUGGAAAUACAUAUUAGAAAUGUUUAUUUCAUUUACAUGUGUAGAAAUCUUUAAAAUGGAAUUGUCUUUCUGAAUUUUCUGGAAACUAAAUAAUUUUAAAACAGUGUUAUGCCAAUUAUGUUAAAUUUAAGAUUUAUGAAAUUCUGUUGUGAACUUUCGCCACCACCAUGUUUUAAAGGUGAUUUCUACAGAGUACAAAACUGUAGUACUUGGUUCACUGUAAUGACUUUUCUACCCAUUGUUGCAUUUCACUUUGACUAAUGAGGGCUGAGGAAAUAGAAAAGCAGCCUUGACAGAAAGCUUACCAAAGACUCAACAGGCAACCCUACAUUAAUCAUUGUGUAAGAUAUUUGUACCAGAGUUACAACAGUACACCACCCAAUCUUGCACUGUUCUCAUUAGCCACUUUUAAAUCCACAGUUGAGAUGAUCCUGAACGUAUCAUCUUUAUCCAAGGAGAAAUUACAAGAGGAGAGCUGACUGAGGUGGUACAAAUGUCUGCAGUUAUAGUAAUGAGAAUAAGUUUCUUGUCCUCUGGUAUCUUCAUCAAAGGCCUUUGAACAAACCUCUGUUAUUUAGAUUGUCUAUGCAAAAUUGGAAGAAGCAUGCUUUUAAGAAAACAAAUGAACUAUCUUGAAUAUUUCAUACAUUACUUUAAAAUAAUCCAAGGACAAACUCUGUGUCAUACUGCAGACAAGUACUUCAUCUUCACUUAUGAAUGCUCUAUAUUUAAUCAUUAUGAGCUCUGGAAGAUUAACAGAUUUUAUGCCAUUAAAAUGGGAAUAGGAAAAAGUAAAAUUGAUGGCAUAUUUCUAUUCUUAAAAAGUGAAAUAUAUGAGCUAUUUUGAUGAUAGCCUUAUAAAUACAAUACAUAUAUAUAUUCAUUUUUCCUUUAGUUCUAUUUCUUUUUCUCAAAAUCAGAUUUGUUAGGCGUAAGGGAUAAUAGAAUAAUCAUGACUAUAAAAAUAUAUAAAAUUCUUAAGAAAUAAAUAAUGUAUGUCAGAAGUGAGACAUAUUUACCUGUAGAGAUGAAUCUGGUCAAACUUUUUGAAUGACAUUAUUGUAAUUAAUUACCUUCACUGUAAUAAUGUGGUUUAUUCUGAACAUAAAACAACACGUGAAUGUAGUAGGAGUUAUUAAAUGCAAAAAAUAAAAACAUAAAUAUACAAGUCUGUACCUAGACUCAGGUUCACAAAGCUGCAGAAAAUUAUAUGCCAUUGAGAAACAAGAAAAUGAGAAUGAAAUGAGAUUGUAAUGCAAGGUGUAGUUUUCACCUGUGAAAAUCUACUGUGAAAUUUACUAGCAAUUCUGAGCCACAGAUUCCUCAUCUAUAAGCUACAGGUGAUGGACUGAUAUUAAAAUCACCAGAAAACUCUUUAAAAUGCUGAUACAUUGAUUAGAAUUUCCGAUUUCAUCAUAUGGGCUGCCAUAUAGCCUUCUAGAUUAUUCCCUCUACUUCCUGCGUUCCAUGUGGUUAUGCUGCGUGAGCCACAAAAAAGGAGGGAAAAAUUUAACAGACAAUUUCUUAUAGAGCUAUGAUUAAAAAUUUGCUAAAAAAAGAAAGGUGCGGUGAAGUUCUACAAGUGAAGAGUUGGAACUUUGCAUGCUUCCUCUUGACCUCAUUUCCUCUAGUCUGUGUGUGUAGCACACAUGCCAAUAUAUUUUUAAGUAGUUCAAAUGUAACUUUGAAUCAAGACAUAAAUAAAGAGGUUAAAAAUCACACUGAAACAGAUGUGCCAAUUCUAUCCAAUAUGUGAAUUGUAAGGGUCAGUAACCCUUAAACUAUUUAGAUGAUAAUUGUAUGUUUUAUUAAUGUAUUGUAAUUUUGCAUUAUUGUAUUGUCAUAUUUAAGCAAACUCCUAAAAAUACCCUGAAACCUAUUGCCAAAUGUACAGUUUAUUGGUUCAUGUUAUUUCUGAUAAGAAUUUAACUGCAUUGUGCUAAUAGUUGUUAAUCCCAUUAACUUUCUGUGGGUGUACUGUUGUGAUGCAGACCUGAUAUGGUUAUUGUAAGCACACUAAUUAGUCACUUGGAUUUUUAUAGAUAAAAUCACACAUUGACCAGAAAUCACUUUUCUACUUAUUUUUUUGUAGAGUAUUUUUCCACACACAAAAGAACAUGAUUAUUUUAUAUCAAACAUCAGCUUUUCUUUAAAGUCUUAUUUUAAAAGCCAAUGCAUGUUUGAAAUAAGAUGUUAAAUAUUAUAUUGCAAUAUUAAGAUUGUUUAUAUUAGGUGAAAAAUGCAUGUAGUUGGUAAUCAUGCAUCUUUGUGGGGAAAUCUGUACUGCCAAAACACACAGCCUCGUCUCAAUCUGUGAGCAGCAUUCUACAUCCUUUUAAAAGCCCUUUUUAAUUAUUUAGUAGAGGGAAAAUGUUAUUCUUAGUGCUAUGAGCCAACAAACAAUGUUGAUUUGCUUUUUUUCUAACUUUGUGGCAUUUAUGCUAAAAUUUUCCCAGAGAAAAAAAUAGGAGUUAUUGGAAAUGAAAUAUAAAGAAUAAAAUCAUUUGUUAGAAAAUAAUACAAUUCACUGUACAACAAUGUAUUUUUAUGAAGAUAUAGAAAAAUCAUCUGAAGCAUUUCUAUUCUAUGAACACAAUAUCCUGACAGCUUUUAUAAUCAGAAAUUCCCUCUCUCCCUCUCUCCAUCUCUCCCUCCCUCCCUCUCUCCCUUUCUCUCUGUCUCUCCCUCUCCCUCUGUCUGUCUCACUUCUCUCUCUCCUGCUGAAAUCAAUACUACUGCCAGGGGAAAGGGGGAACACUUCAGGUCAGGUCUGCACAACACUAACAUACUGAACCUAAGUGAUUCUUUUAAAUGCAGGAAGAAUAUGAAUAUCAGUUAGACAUUCUUCUCCACGCUGAUAAUUUAAGAAGUCUUGAAUAUAGCAAAAAUCACUCCAUUCAGUGAAAGGUGCUUUUUGUUUGUUUUAUUUCAUUGACUGUUUGUUUUGAUUUUAGAAAAUAUAGUUGUGCAUUUAAAAGUUUUUAAUUCCACCCAAAUAAUAUGCACCUACCAACCACCCCUUACCCAAAUGGAAUUAGUCACUGAUCAUAUCUUAAUGCUAGAACAUUGUUUUUUGUAGCUUAAAAAAUCAAUAUUAGCAUUUAUGAUAUUGCGAGAUAAUUUCAUUGCUAUGCUAUUAAGAGACUGGCAUUCAUAUUUAUGCAUGUAUUUAUUUAUUUAUUUAUUUAGAGAAUUGGCUCCUCUAUGCUCAACUUUCCCAGUUUCAGUGAAGUUAAUAUAAUAUUAAGAGAAUUGGACUCUAGCUGCUAUUCCAAGUCUAAAUCAGGUUACUGAAUCUUGUAUCCUUGAAGUACAGCAUUAAUUCAAAUGACAAGUAGCCAAUCCCAGCAAUGUAAAGAUAAAUACAGCAUCCAAGAUGUGGUAUGUGUGUGGCAUUCAGCAAACAUUGAUCUGGGCUCUAAUUUUGAUACCAUGUUGUUCCAUUUAUUGAUCAAACCUGUAAAUAAAAUAGUAUUUUAUGGCAGCUAAACAAAUAUUUUAACAAGCCAUGAAAGGCAAGAUGCCACAGAAGACCUGUAUAUUCACUUUUUGGAGAAUUUACAUUUUCCACAGUUUAAACUGGAGAUACCAUUUGAAGUUUCCUUUAUGUCAUCACAAUGUAAAUGACAUUUCUGCUCAUAGAGAUCUUUCUGGGCUUAUAAAUAUAUUGUGUGACUGCUAUAAUUUUGUGAAAAAAUUUUAGUAAUUAAUAGUGACUUCUGUGAUCUCUGCUAUAAUUACAAGGCAGAAAUAAAUGUACAAAAAUUUUGAGCCUGUUGUGUGUAUGAACAAAUUUUUCUUCAAUCGCACUUCACAUACUCAGUGUAAGUACCUCACUGAUUUACCACUGGAUUUGUUCCCAGAAUGUGUAAAUAAUGAUGUUCAAUUCAGGUUGAAGAAUUCCUGUAAUGUGAAUAUUUAAAAUAAAAAAUUUCAAGAGUAUAA